GCACCACCGAGGAGAUCCUCGAUCGACUCUGCGUGACCGAGCUGCUGAAGGGAUGGCCGGUAUACCGCGAUGCGUCUGAAUGGGCGCACUACCGCAACUGUUUCGCCGAAGAGGCCUACAUCUUCACCAGUUCGUCUUUUUCCCCCUCCCCUCCCCAAAUCCCAACCCAUCAUCCAAUCUCUAACCCACCCACCCAUCCACCACAGCCUGGAGUGGCGGCAUGCCCAUCGACGACUUCAUCGAAGUAUCCAAAACCGGCCGCCGCAACGGCGACCACAUCAUGCACCGAGAAAACGGCACCCUGGUCGAGCUGAACCCGGCCACCGGCCGCGCCGUCGGCAAAAUGAAGGCGACCAUCACGCAGCGCUUCUCCUUCGAGGGCGUGGAAUGCGACGUCGAAUGCGACUGCCGGUUCAUCAUGUGGUGCGCCAAGGGCCCCUCCGGCUGGAAGGUCCACUUCAAGCGGCUGUUCUACGAGAAGGACAAGAUCGUCCCCGUGGACGGUAAGAAUGUGCCCGAGUUCUCGGCCGACGAGCUGAAGCCGUAUCCCUAUGGGUAUCGCUAUCUGGGCGCGGCGCAGGCCAGACUGGGGCAUAAGAUCAAGUUGGAUUUGCCGACCAUGGCGGAUGAUGACAAGUUUCGGGGCAUGUAUGAGGCCAUGGAGAGGUGGUUGGGAGGGGAGGAUAUUCGGGAGACGUUGGGGAUUCCGGUGUAGAUUUGUUUGGGGUUGGAUGAUUAUGAUUAUGUUUAUGUUUUAUUGUAAAUAGAUGAUGUGAGUAUGAGGAGUAUGAGAAUAUGAUGGAUGAAUAAUAAUCAUCGGGCUGCGGGGUAAUCA